AUGGGAUUCAUGUGCUGUUCCUCACACCCACUACGGGCAGCCUCGUUGCUGCUGCUUUGCUUCUGCGUGGUGCUAUCCAGAGUGCACGCAGGAGGAUCUCGUUCUCGCGAGCUUUACAUCGCGUACCUAGGCGACGUGAAGCACGAGCACCCGGACGAUGUCGUCGCCUCUCACCAUGAAAUGCUCGGCACUCUUCUCCAAAGGGAGGGUUCCUCAGCCUCCAUGGUCUACCACUACAAGCAUGGUUUCUCGGGCUUCGCCGCCAUGCUCACCGCGGACCAAGCAACAAGGCUUGCAGAAUUUCCGGGAGUCAUCAGCGUUCAACCGAGCAAGACGUACAGGAGCACCACCACGCGGAGCUGGGAUUUUCUUGGGCUCCAUUAUCCGUCCUCCCAUAUGCCGGCCAGUGAGUUACUGCACGCAAGCAACUACGGAGAGGAUAUAAUCAUUGGCGUGAUUGACACCGGGAUAUGGCCGGAGUCUAGAAGCUUCAGUGACCAAGGGUACGGGCCGGUGCCAUCAAGGUGGAAAGGAAAGUGCCAGGUUGGGCCCGAUUGGGGCAACAACAAUUGCAGCCGCAAGAUCAUCGGCGCAAGGUUCUAUACCGUUGGGAUCGCCGACAAAUACUUAAAGGCGGACUCUCUCUCGCCCCGGGAUCACAACGGCCAUGGCACGCACACGGCUUCCACUGCUGCGGGCUCCACCGUGGAGGAGGAGGUGGCCAGCUUCCACGGCCUUGCUGCAGGGGUGGCACGCGGGGGCGCGCCACGCGCUCGCAUCGCAAUGUACAAAUCACUCUGGAGCGUGGAUGAAACUGGCUCCACGGCGUCUGUGCUAGCCGCCAUCGACGACGCGAUCCAUGACGGGGUGGACGUAUUGUCAAUGUCCCUCGCGUCCCGCGACGGCUCAGACGACUACUCCUUUGCCACCUUGCACGCGGUCCAGAAAGGGAUCACCGUGGUAAUGUCUGCCGGUAACGAUGGGCCCCGGGCCCAGACGGUCGCGAACAGCUCGCCGUGGGGCAUUACCGUCGCGGCGAGCAAGCUGGACCGCUCGUUCCCGACGGUGGUCACGCUGGGAAACAAGCAACAGAUGGUGGGACAGUCUCUCUAUUACCAACCCAAGAACUCAUCAUCCCGGAGCAAUUUCGCGUCUCUUGCAUGUAUAUCAACCUGCACCAAGGAGGCGCUCGAGGAGGCAUUCUCUGGCGAGGAACUGACUGGGAUAAUCCUGCUCUGCUACAAAGAGGCGCAGGCCACUUUCAAUCCACAGGGGGUUUUCAUCCAGGCGUCCACGUACGUGGUGGACCAUGGGGGAUCUGGGCUCAUCUUCGUGCAACGCACCACGGAUGCCUUAGAAGUCAUCCCGUAUUACUGCACGGGCAUCGCGUGCGUUCUCGUCGACCCCGAUGUCGGGAACAAGAUGCACCAAUAUUGCAUGGACUCAAGCUCUCCUCGCCUGGCAAAGAUUGAACCAGCACGCACCGUCACGGGCAAGGGCAUACUGGCCCCGAAAGUGGCCGCCUUCUCCUCGCGAGGCCCAUCAAUUGAUUACCCCGCCUUCAUCAAGCCUGACAUAGCUGCGCCUGGAUCCAACAUCUUGGCAGCAGCCAGAAACUCCUACGAAACUAUGUCUGGGACGUCCAUGGCAGCACCACAUGUAACAGGUGUUGCCGCGCUGCUUAAAGCUAUGCACCCAGACUGGUCUUCUGCUGCAAUCAAAUCAGCCAUCGUCACCACUGCCUGUGUAACUGAUCAACGCGGCAUGUCAAUACUGGCGGAAGGACUGCCAGGGAAGGUGGCCGGCCCGUUCGACUAUGGAGGUGGGAACAUCAACCCUUCCAGGGCAGCCCAUCCAGGACUGGUUUACGACAUUAAUCCACGCGAUUACAACAAAAUUCUUCCAAUGUGCAAUCAUCAAUCAGAGGACAUCGACAUCCGUGGGCUGCAACGCCACACUACUGGCGUACAACCUCAACUUGCCGUCCAUUUCAGUUCCCGACCUGAGGGGUCCGAUCACCAUCCCAAGGAUGGUGACAAAUGUCGGCGAUGUCCAUUCAGUGUAUCAUGCCAUAGUGCAAAGCCCAGACGGAGUCAAGAUGGAGGUUUUCCCACCUGUUCUUGUGUUCGACAAUGCGAACAAAGUUCAAAAGUUUGA